UCCCUCCAUCACAGUUCAACACUCAUUCAAGAACUACGUGCCGGGCGUGCGGAUAAGGCCUCCUGGGGUGCUGAUCUUGAUCUCGCCAAAUGAGAAAAUGAGGAAUCCGGUGUGAGAAUUUCCAAAAUUGAUAUGAAUUUGAAUCCGCCAUCGUACUAUAAAGACGCGUCCGAUCUCCCUCUUUUCAACAUCCAUCUCCUCUUCCUUCUCUUUCUUGCACUCUUCUGAACGUGCAUGUUUAGUAACCAAUUACUGAGUGCUCAUAACCAAUACCGUGGAAGGCACACCUCAGCUGCAGACGCGCCUAGUAGAGCUUCGCACUAAACGAUUAGUUCCCCAACUUCAUCACAUUCUCGUUCUGUCCCCAACAUGGCACCACAUGCUACCACACCAUACACCAAUGGUGCCACUAACGGAGGCCGUGUUCCUGUCGAUGAUGUUUCUUUCAAUAGGACCUCCGCCGCUGCCCCUGUCCAUCCUACUGCGGCGCGUCGUAACAUUCCUGUCGUCGUGAAUUCGCCUACGUCUCAAUUCACGGACGAAUAUAUCACAUCUAAGUUUGAGUAUCGUGGUGCGGACGUCGUUGCUACCGAGAAUAGCAUCGAGGUCACUCCCACCGUGAACAAUUUUGAAUUUAGAACUCAACGCAAGGUUCAGAAAACUGGUCUUCUGAUGGUCGGCAUUGGCGGCAACAAUGGCACCACGUUGACUGCCACUAUCUUUGCGAAUAGGCAUAAUAUCACCUGGAGGACGAAGGAAGGUCUGCAGACUCCCAAUUACAUUGGCUCCGUUCUUCGUGCGUCCACGAUGCGUCUUGGAGUGGAUCCCAAGACGGGUAGGGAUUUCAAUAUCCCCGUUUCUGAUGUCCUUCCCAUGGUUCAUCCCAAUGACCUUGUCAUCGGUGGAUGGGACAUCUCUUCCUUGCCUCUUGACAAAGCUAUGUACCGUGCUCAAGUCCUUGAUUGGGACCUCCAGCGUCAAGUUGCUCCUUACAUGGCAACGAUCAAGCCUCUCCCUUCGAUCUAUUAUCCAGAUUACAUCGCUGCAAACCAGAGUGAGCGGGCCGACAAUCUUAUUCCUGCCAGCUUGAAAAAGGACCAUGUCGAACAUAUCCGCCGCGAUAUUCGCAAGUUCAAGGAAGAGAAUGGCCUUGACCGCGUCAUUGUUUUUUGGACCGCCAAUACUGAACGUUAUAGCGACAUCGUCGAAGGAGUGAAUGACACUGCCGAGAAUUUGCUGAGGGCGAUCGAGAAUAAUCACUCAGAGGUGUCUCCUUCGACCAUCUUCGCCGUUGCUUCUAUCCUCGAGGACGCGCCCUUCAUCAAUGGUGCCCCUCAGAACACAUUCGUCCCGGGUUGUAUCAAGCUCGCGGAGCAGCACCGUGCUUUCAUUGGUGGUGAUGACCUGAAGUCCGGUCAGACUAAGGUCAAGUCUGUCCUUGCCGAGUUCCUCGUCAAUGCGGGUAUCAAGCCUCUCUCGAUCUCGUCCUACAACCAUUUGGGUAACAACGACGGUCGAAACCUCAGCAGCCAGGCUCAGUUCAAGAGCAAGGAGAUCAGCAAGUCGUCUGUCGUGGAUGACAUGGUUGAUGCCAACCACCUGUUGUUCAAACGUGCCGAUAAGAGCCUCGGCGAAAGGAAGAACGAACAUCCUGAUCACAUCGUCGUGAUCAAAUAUGUCCCUGCUGUUGGUGACAGCAAGCGUGCAAUCGAUGAGUAUUAUUCGGAGAUCAUGAUGGGUGGAAGGAACACGCUUAAUAUCUUCAACGAGUGUGAGGAUUCGCUUCUCGCGACCCCUCUUAUCCUUGACUUGACUGUGCUCGCUGAGCUUCUUACUCGUGUCCAGUACCGUCGUGUUCCUGAGGGCACCGAGUUCCAGUCUUUGUACAGUGUGCUUUCUCUUCUUAGCUACAUGCUCAAGGCUCCUCUCGUGAAGCCUGGCACUGACGUCGUCAAUUCAUUGGGCCGUCAGCGUCUCGCCCUCGAAAACUUCCUCAAGGCUUGUCUUGGUUUGCAGCAUGAGGGUGAUCUCUUGCUCAACACUCGCACUUGGUAA